GGGCCCCCCCCAGCCAUGGACGAGCGGCUGCUGGGGCCGCCCCCUCCGGGCGGGGGCCGGGGGGGCCUGGGGCUGGUGGGUGGGGAGCCCGGGGGCCCUGGCGAGCCUCCCGGUGCCGGAGACCCCGGAGGGGGAAGUGGGGGGGUCCCGGGAGGCCGAGGGAAGCAAGACAUCGGGGACAUUCUGCAACAGAUAAUGACCAUCACCGACCAGAGCCUGGACGAGGCCCAGGCCAAGAAACACGCCCUAAACUGCCACCGAAUGAAGCCGGCCCUGUUUAGUGUCCUGUGUGAGAUCAAGGAGAAAACUGGCCUUAGCAUUCGGAGCUCCCAAGAGGAGGAGCCAGUGGACCCACAGCUGAUGCGCUUGGACAACAUGCUUCUGGCAGAAGGUGUGGCUGGACCAGAGAAGGGGGGCGGCUCUGCAGCGGCGGCUGCAGCCGCAGCAGCCUCCGGAGGUGGCGUGUCCCCCGACAACUCCAUCGAACACUCAGACUAUCGAAGCAAGCUUGCCCAGAUCCGCCACAUCUACCACUCAGAGCUGGAGAAGUAUGAGCAGGCAUGCAAUGAGUUCACAACCCACGUCAUGAACCUGCUGAGGGAGCAGAGCCGCACUCGUCCUGUGGCCCCCAAGGAGAUGGAGCGUAUGGUGAGCAUCAUCCAUCGCAAGUUCAGCGCCAUCCAGAUGCAGCUGAAGCAGAGCACCUGCGAGGCGGUCAUGAUCCUGCGCUCUCGCUUCCUGGAUGCCAGACGAAAACGCCGGAACUUCAGCAAACAGGCCACCGAGGUCCUGAAUGAGUACUUCUACUCUCACCUGAGUAACCCUUACCCCAGUGAGGAGGCCAAAGAGGAGCUCGCCAAGAAGUGCGGCAUCACUGUCUCUCAGGUAUUCUGGGGGGCCGGGGGCAAAGCGUUCUCAGAUGUUACUUGGGGAGGGGGUCCUGGAGAAAGGGUUCUGUUUGACCCUCCCUGCCCAACACUGCAGGUUUCCAACUGGUUUGGUAACAAGCGAAUUCGCUACAAGAAGAAUAUUGGGAAAUUCCAAGAGGAGGCAAAUAUCUAUGCUGUGAAAACAGCUGUGUCAGUCGCCCAGGGGGGCCACAGCCGCACCAGCUCCCCGACGCCCCCUUCCUCUGCAGGCUCUGGCGGCUCUUUCAAUCUCUCAGGAUCCGGAGACAUGUUUCUGGGGAUGCCCGGGCUCAAUGGCGACUCCUACUCUGCUUCCCAGGUGGAAUCACUCCGACACUCAAUGGGGCCUGGGAGCUAUGGGGAUAACCUCGGGGGAGGCCAGAUAUACAGUCCUCGAGAAAUGCGGGCCAAUGGUGGCUGGCAGGAGGCUGUGACCCCGUCCUCAGUGACAUCCCCAACAGAGGGACCGGGAAGUGUUCACUCUGACACCUCCAACUGACCUUGCCCCUCAAGGUCACAGGGCUGGGGGCUCCCGCCAGGCAACACGUGAAGAGGACUUGGGCAUCUAAAGGACAAACCCCGACAGAAGCACAAAACAGAAGGGCGACUGGGGUCGUGCUCUCCCCAACUAGACCCAGUGCUGGGGUGCUGGCGACAUGGCAGGGAAAGUGGGGUGUCCCCUUUUCCUUUCUUCUCUUUCCCUCUCACACAGGAAACAUAUCUGUUUCUCAGAUCUCUCUCUCUCAAACCUGCACCGACAUACAACUGUUCUGUUUGUCUCUGGACUCCCUAUCUCUUUUCCCCACCCCACUUAUAUACUCUGGAAUCUGGAGACGUCAGCCCUGCCCGACCCAGAGAUGCCAAAAAUGGGGACUCCUGGACAGAGGCCCUGGGCCACCACCCCCACCCCCACCCCAUGCAUCCUGACCUUCUGCCCCUCCAGACGGCUUUAUUACCUCAUACGCAGCUCAUCUUAAACCAAUAGAAUCGCUCGGUGGACAAGAGUGUCUGACUCAGAUAUCUACCUCGGAGGGAGUUUCUGCUACUUUAGAAAAUUGUUGGCUGGGCUUUGGAGUUGUUUUUGUUUUUUGUUUUUUAGAAACCCUGGGAUCUGUCUGUAUUUUUUUUAUUGUUUUUGUUGGUAGUGGUGAUCCUUAAUUUUUAAUAGUUUGAAGAAGUAGGGAUUUUGGUGUGUGUGUGGGUUGUUUUUUUUUAAAUAAACAUACUGAUUUAUUUUUGUUUACCCAUGUGAGAAGUGAGAGCCAAAGGGGCCUAGUACUCGAACAAACACAGCUGGCAGCGGCUACUUGCUCCAGGCCUACCAAUGGGGAAGUGGAUUUUGCAGGACACCAUGUCCUCACCCUAGUCACUUAGGUGUUCUUAGCUUGUGCAGACAAAUCUCUGCUGUACUGAUGUGAGCACCAUGCCCUUCUAGCCUCUGUCUUCCCCUCCCAAUAACCUUUGGGCAAGGCUGGACUGAACUCAGUAAUUUUGAAAAAGUCAAAAGGCUUUUAAAAAAUUUUUUUUUAACUAUUUGCAGAGUGGAGAAGAAUGAAUGGGGAGGGUAUUCUUGCCAAAUAUGCUAAAUAUGGGCUGGGUGCUUAUGUGUAUCUCCCUCAGUUUCCCAGAAAUAAGUGUUUCUGUUCAUUUUUAAAUCUCAUGCCAAAAUCAAGGGGGUGGGGAGAAGAGGGAGGCCACAGAACGCAGGUAUGAGGGAAGGUAUAAGUUUUAUGGUCUCAUCUCAUCCUGAACCCUUCUAUCUGACCCCCUCAAACAUCCUCAGGAUCUUCAAGACUGUCACCAUGGGGAACUCCUCCCAUCAAAGACCCAGGCAGGAUUGAGGGAGUGUGACAAGAGGGUGGUGGGAGGCAGGGACCAGGGGCAGCUCUCUCCUCACUUGUAAACUUGUAGAUGCACAGAGAAAAAAAGAAAGAAACUGCAGUUUUAAAUAAAGAGAUUUCUUUUUU